AUGUCGUCCGCCAUUCUCGAUAAGCUUCACCGCCCGUGGCAAAGUCAACAUCCUUCUUCGUCCAACUCUCCAUCGAUACACCACCAGGAAAGUCCGAAGCUGCCUUCAUUCGAGAGUGUCGAGAGAAUAGCCAUGGCAUUCUGCUCAUCAAUGCAGUUUCUGGUCUUCCCGGUGUUAAGUCUCGAUCGCUUUGUUAAACAGACACUCCCACUUGCCUAUGCAGAAGGUAAUGGCAACCAGCAUGGUGUGCGCAGUGCCAAAGCUUGCGUGUAUGGUCUAAUAUUUACAAGUGACAUCUUUGGUCAUAACAAUGACAGAGAUAUGUCAGAGGCAGUGUCUGCAUGCGAGAGCUAUGCCCUCGAACUAGAGGACUCAAUUCCGAUGAUAUUGCGAGAAAUGACAGCUGAUGGACUUGAAGCGUUGUCGAUGCUGAUCAUAUACAAAUAUUUCAUGGGCGAUCUGCAGUCUGCGGCCUUCCUCGUACCAAUGACAAUGCGCCUGAUAUUCAGACUUGGAGCCCAUGUACCUCCUCAAACAACCGAACCAUACAACAAAAACAACCUCGCCCACCACCUGCGCGAUCUCUUCUGGGUCUGCUAUUGCAUCGACAAAGACCUCACGCACAGAAUAAACCAGCCCCCUGCCAUUAACGAUAAUCAUUGCAACUUGGUAUUACCGGCCAACUAUGCUCAGAUGCAGAGCUCCAACAUCUUGACAAGUAACGGCUCUUCAAACCACAACUCCAGCACUGUACCGCUGUAUCCGUGGGAUCUCCGGCUAUCUAAGAUGAAAUCUCGAAUUUACGAGGACUUGUAUUCCAUGAGUGCAUUGACGCAACCGGAGGCUGAGGUACUAAGAAGGAUCCGGUGUCUGGAUGAAGAAUUGGAGAUGUGGCGUCUCACUCUGCCUAUUGACCACCGACCGACGUUGUCCUUCUUGGAGCAAACACCAGUAGACGCCCAUACGAAUACACAGGCAAUUAUGCUUCGUCUAUCAUACCACCAUUGUAUCACCCUUAUUCAUAAAGCUCGGUGCAGAAUAUUCGGCAUGAACCUGAGUCCUUCCAUUAUGCCGGAUGAUGGCGAUGCGGCAAACUUCCAGCUUUUAGUCGAUGCAUCCAAGUCGACUCUGACUUACUUGGAAAAGGCUCUACCUGCCUUGGCACAUGAAUGUUUCUGGAUCAUAAUCUUCUAUCCCAUGACUGCCAUUGUAACCAUCUUCUCGGUCGCCCUUUCGAACACCAAGACAAGCCCUGUUCUGCGCGACUUGGAACGACUGGAAGACUUUGUGCAGGUCAUACGACAAAUUCCCAUCCGAAAGUUGACAGUUGCGGAGAUUACUCAUCUCGAUUUCAUAGAAGAGCUUGUGCUCGAGAUGAGUCGGCUGGUGUUAGGCGCAACUCACCAACCUGGAUGGAAACCCAUGAGGCUAGAGGAAUUGGGAGCUAUGCAAUUUGAUUAA